AUGCCCAGCCUGUCCGUGUUCGUAGAUGUGCCACUGGCCCAGAAACUAGAAGGCAGCUUGCUGAAAACCUACAAACAAGACAAUUACCCUAACAAGAUGUUCCUGGCCUAUAAAGUCUGCAUGACCAGCGAAGGCCAACCCUGGGUGUCCUCUGUGGUGAGCAAGAUCCGUCUACAGAUCGCCCAGGAUCCCUCCCUGGACUAUGAGUACACACCGGUGAUGGGCAUGGAAUCAUUCAUCCAGGCCUCCUUGAAACUCCUCUUUGGAAAACACAGCCAAGUCAUUGUGGAGAAUAGGGCAGGGGGUGUGCACACUGUGGGUGACAGUGGUGCUUUCCAACUUGGGGCCCAGUUCCUCAAAACCUGGCGUCGGGAUUCUCAAAUAGUUUACAUCAUUUCUUCUCAAAAAGAACCGCAUGGACUCAUCUUUCAGGACAUGGGCUUUACAGUUUCUGAAUACAUCUUCUGGGACGCUGAGCAGCUGUGCUUGGACCCCAGCGUGCUCCUCAAUGUGGUAGAGCAGGCCCCGCACGGCUGUGUCUUCGUGAUUGGGAACAUCAGUAACUGCAAGCUGACGCAAAGUCAGUGGACAAAGUUGACGGCCCUGAUGAAGAGCAAGCAGAUAUUUCCAUUUUUUGACAUUUCCUAUCAAGGUUUAUCCACCAGUGACCUGGAAGAAGAUACUAGAUUCUUAGACUAUUUUGUGUCUCAAGACCUUGAGUUCUUCUGCAGCCAGUCUCUGUCCAAGAAUUUUGGCAUUUAUGAUGAAGGAGUGGGGAUCCUUGUCGUGGUGGCGCUCAACAACCAGCUCCUGAUGCGUGUUCUCUCCCAGCUGAUGAACUUUGCCAGGGCCCUGUGGCUAAACCCUCCCACCACAGGCGCUCGCAUUAUCACCUCCAUCCUCUGUAACCCUGCUUUGCAAGAAGAAUGGAAGCAGAGUCUGGAAGGGAUUAUAGAAAACAUUAUGCUGAUCAAGGAAAAGGUGAAGGAGAAACUCCGGCUCCUGGGAACCCCUGGCUCCUGGGAUCACAUCACUGAGCAGAAGGGAUCCCAUAGCUAUCUUGGACUCAACUCCAAACAGGUGGAAUACUUGGUCAAGAAAAAGCAUGUCUACAUCCCCAAGAAUGGUCGGAUCAACUUCACCUGUAUCAAUCCCUGCAACAUAGAUUACAUCACUCAGAGCAUCAACGAGGCUGUCUGCUUCACAAAGCCCUAAAAAGUAUCUU